AUGCUUGCCCUGCAGACCUUGAUGUGGUAUCUGGAUGAGGAGCUUCUGGAUAACAGUUCUUUUGCCACAGUCAAACUCCUGCAAUGGAGCAUAACGACUGAAAACAGGGAUUUGGGCACUGUGAAUAUACCUUUAGCAGGCGCAGCUGAAAAACCAAAUGUUAUGAUUACCAAGAAGAAUCAAAACCUGCAAAAUAACAGUCUGCAGCCUACUGGGGCUUCUGGAAUAGAAGAAUUUACGGCGAAAGAAACCGAUGGGGCUCAGGUGCCAGCACCAACAUCAACCCCCAUGAGAGACCUUUCCAACAGGAAGCAAUUCUUCCAGGUGCGAGUUGUAAUCAUAGAAUGUCGACAACUGCAAGAAAACAACAUCAAACCAGUGGUGAAAGUAUCUAUUGGGGAUUAUUCAUUCAGGACAAGAAUCAAACGUGGAAAUAACCCAUAUUACAAUGAGACCUUCAUCCAAAAUUUCAAUGAGACGCCUCUUCGACUUUUUGAUCAGCUUAUUACCAUACAGAUUGAGAUGGGGGUUGUAUAUGACUCUCCAGGUCAUGCUUUGGUUUCCAAAUGGUUGAGCCUCUAUGACCCAGUUAAUCUCAACGCUGGAUUUAAGGGCUAUGUGAAAGUCACCCUUUGUGUCCUCGGAGCUGGGGAUCGUGCACCGGAUAUGGACCAGUCAGCAGAGACUGGUGAUGUAGAAUCCAACCUCCUACAGUUGGCAGGCAUACCAGCUGCACGCACAGCCACCCUCCAGCUAUACAUCUACCGAGCAGAAGAUGUUCCACAAACCCAGGAUGGCACAGUGACAUAUUUCACAGCAUUUCCUGAGAAUCCUCUCAGCAUAUCUGUGGAUCCUUCUCUGGAAGUUAAUUUUGCAGGGAGACUGCUAAGGACCAAGGUCAUCUCUGGAGACACCAACCCUGUGUGGAACCAGGUGCUCUGUUUUCCCGUGCAGUUGCCUUCUAUCUGUGAUCUCAUUAAACUUACUAUUAUGGAUGGGGCAGAAGAAGGAGAUGGCACUGUUUUGGGCAUGGCAUUCAUCAGCCUCUCGCAGAUCUCUUACAUAAAGGCUGAAACAAAAAAGGAUAACUCAGGCUUCUUGCCAUGCUUUGGACCAAGCUUUCUGACGUUCUACGGAAACCCAAAGGAGUUUCUGAAUCCAGCCGAGUCUCUUGAGAAACACAGGACUGAGGUGCUGAAAACUUCUGCUAUUUAUUUCAUGGACACCAUCCCUCCAUAUAUUUUCCAGGAGGAAGGGAUCACCUACCGGGGAAGAGCACUGCUGGAACUGCGGACUGUCAUGGAGGCAAUCCCAGUUCAGAAAAUUGAUGACAUCCCUGAAGAGACUGUUAAGAAGAUGCAGCAUUUCUUGCCCCAGUUCCGAUACGGCCUGUGCGUUGUCUUUUACUCAGCCACCAUGUUGGCUGAUACUUCAAAACAGAUCCAGUUUGAGGUCAGCCUCGGGAACUACGGGAACAAAUUUGAUGAAACCUGCAAACCAUUUGCCUCCACCACUCAGUGCAGCCAUGCUGUCUAUGACGGGAACUAUUACUAUUACCUACCAUGGUAUGACACCAAGCCCAUGGUGACCAUCAUCUCAUUCUGGGAGGACGUUGGCUACCGUAUUGCCUGCACAAACACCCUCCAGUUCAUCCAUGAGAGGCUGAAAAAGAAUCUGGAUAGUCUUAAAACCAUCAGCCUGCCCCAUGGCCCACUUGUGGAUGCUGUUUGGCAGAAGCUCCAGAAAGAGUUGGUCGAAGACUGCAAGAAGCCCUUACCUGCCUUGCACAACCAGAAAGCCGUGACUGUCCUGGAUCAACAGCUGUGGAAACUGCGAAUUCGGGUACUCCAGCAGAUCAGCAAGGCUGCAGAGAAGACCAGCUGGAAGUCCCCUUUGCAGAAACUCAUCCCUAAAGCAGAGGGUUGGCUGAAUCAGCUUGCCUCAAUUACAUCUGAGACUCAGAUAAGCAUCCCAGAUGUGGUGAUCUGGAUGCUGUGGGAUGACCAGCGUGUGGCCUAUGCCCGGGUGAAGUCCCAGUCAAUCAUGUUCUCCAAAGCUGGCCCCUAUGCCAAAGGCAGGCUGUGUGGCAAAACGCACACCAUCUUCCUAAAGGAUGUGCAGAGCAAAGGGAAUUGCAACCACAUCCCCGCCGUGCUCCGGGUUCGAAUGUGGAUGGGGCGGAUGGCCGACAGUGCAGACUUCAUGCAAUGCUGUGAAGGGAGGAUCGCUGUCUAUGCCGAGACGUAUGAAAACCAAAAGAAGACGCACGGAAUAUGGGGAACCAUGGACCUGAUGCCACACCCCAACUUUUCAGAUGUGACCGGACAAGUCAGCCUCCCCAAAGACAAGUUCCAGCUACCCAGAGGUUGGCAAUGGGAUGGCGAGUGGGCUGUAGAACCCCAAAGGAGGCUGUUGUUGGACAAAGAGACCAACUAUUCCGAAGUGCUGGAAGAAGUUUACGAGAACCAGAGUCGGGAACCUGGCCGUCGAUGGAAACCAGCUACGAUCCCUUACAGCAAUGUGAGUGGUGCUCCUACCCCACGGAAGGAAGAAAUUUUGUGUCCUCCUGGCUGGGUCUUCAUAGAAGAAUGGAAAGUGGAGGUGAACCGGGCCGUGGAUGAUGCCGGGUGGGAGUAUGGCAUUGCCAUCCCACCUGCCGAGUUUCCCUGCUUCUGGAACGCGGCUGAGAAGACCUACCACACACACCGGCGUCGGCGCUGGCUCAGGAAACGCUUUCGGAACCUCGGCAGGGAGACCCGAGAAGAUCGGAUGGCCUCCUUUCUUCGGCUGCAUUCAGAGGCUAAGCUGAAAGAAGAUGUCUGGGAGUAUGCUCCUCUCCAUGAAUGGAGGUUCCACCUCCAGAGGCAACCCGAUGAUGUCUUUCGGCGGCGCUGUUGGCGCAGGAAGCUUGCUCCUGCGGCACCCAGCCACGUGGCACCCAUUUUCUUCCUGGAGGGCUCUCUGGGAGUGGAUGUUGGUGGCCGACAGAAAAAGAAAAAAACUGAAGCAGGAAAGAAAGACGAAACAGAGGAGGUUGAACUAGAACCACCUGCUUCCCAAGGUCUCCUGAAGAUGAACACUGCCCUUCUCUUCUGCGUCUUCAAAAGCCCAGUGUAUUUCCAGUUGCGCUGCUACAUGUACCAAGCAAGGGACCUCAUGGGAAGCACUGUGAAAGGGACUGCAGACCCUUUGGCUCAUGUCUCUUUCCUUCAUGUGAGCCACUGCACCCACGUUAUCAAUGGCACACUGCACCCAUGCUGGAAUGAGACCCUUCUCUUUGAAGACGUUUUGAUCUAUGGAGAUCCUCGAGGGACUGAGCAGGACCCCCCCAUUGUAGCAGUGGAGAUCUUUGACAAUGAUUCAAGUGGCCAAUUCAAUGAUUUUAUGGGAAGAUGCACGUGUACUCCAAAUGUGUGCCUGGAUCUUGAUUUACGAAGGGUACCCCGUCUCCAGAGGUAUUCUAUCACCAAAAAGGAUGAGGAGAAUGGUUAUCUCCUGGCUGCUUUUGAGCUUCUCUUGGACAAGAAGGACGGAUCCUUGGGAAAACAUCCACCUCCUGCUUGGAAAGAUGGCAUUUAUACAAUCCCCAAAGGAAUCCAGCCCAUUCUGCGGCUGAUGGCCGUGGAGAUUCUUGCCUGGGGUCUUCGAGACAUGAAGAAUUACAAUCUGAUGGUUGUCAAUAAUCCUAGCCUCAUCGUAGAGUGUGGAGGAGAGUCCAUUCAGACAACAACCAUCAGGAACUUCCAAGAAUACCCCAAUUUUUCAAUUAACAUCUAUCUCAUGAAAGUGUACCUGCCUGUUGAUGAAGAUUAUUCCCCUCCCAUUGAGCUGAAGGUGAUUGAUCACCGAGAUUUUGGAUAUAAGCCAGUGGUGGGACAAGCAACUGUCCGAUCUCUGAGUCAAUAUUACUGCAAUCCACUGGAAGAAAGGGAAAUCCACACUCUACCUCCCCGAGCGACCGGGCAGCUUCAAAUUAUGGUCAUGGAGGAAGCCAAAAGAAAAGAAGACUUCCUUCAGAACAACGAAGAUCAGGCAGGCACUGCCACCAAAGGAGUUACUUUAGGGACCAUGCGAUUAAUCUUGGCCUACAGCAGAUGGCAACACCUAGAGGAGGAGGAGGAGGAUGAAGAAGAAAUUGAUUGGUGGAGCAAGUAUUAUGUGACAAUGGGAGACUUGUCAAAGAGUGGACAUUACCUGGAGAAGGGCUUUGACAGCAUGAAGAUCUAUAACUGUGAGCUAGAAGAAGUUCCCGAAUUCCAAGGUUUCCAGGAUUUCUGUCAGACCUUUUGGCUGUACCGAGGAAAAGUCAGCGAUAAUGACCCCCUGGUGGGGGGUGAAUUGAAGGGGCUUUUCCGGAUUUAUCCUUUGCCAGAAGACCCCAAGAUUCCACCUCCACCACGUCAGUUCCAAGAGCUUCCUAGCAAUGUCUUCCAAGACUGUCUGGUCCGGGUUUAUAUUAUCCGAGCUUUUAAUCUCCAGCCAAAAGACCUCAAUGGAUUGUGCGACCCCUACGUCAAGAUCAAGCUAGGGAAAGAUAGGGUGGAUGACCGGGAAGAGUAUAUUCCCAACACCGUGGACCCUGUGUUUGGGAGAAUAUAUGAACUCACAUGCACCAUCCCACGGGAAAAGGACCUGAAGAUCUCAUUGUAUGAUUUUGACCUCUUUUCAUCUGAUGACAUAAUUGGAGACACCACCGUGGACCUGGAGAACCGACUCCUGUCCCAUUAUGGGGCCAACUGUGGGCUGCCACAGACUUACUGUGUGGCUGGCCCCACCCAGUGGAGAGAUCAGCUUCUUCCAAGUGAACUCUUGGAGAACUAUAGUCAGGGCAAAAACGUGCCUCGGACAGAGAUAAGUGAAGAUGGAGGCCAGGCCGUUUUCAUGGGUAGAAUUUAUCAGCUUUCUGACUUUGAGACCGAAGUACCUUCACAUGGAUUUCUGGGACCUGCAAAAGAACGUAUGGCACUCCACCUUCUCCGGACAUGUGGACUGGUCCCUGAACACGUAGAAACUCGCACCCUCUACAGCUCAGCUCUUCCGGGAAUUGACCAAGGUAAAGUGCAGAUGUGGGUGGACAUCUUCCCACUAUUCUUGGGUGACCCAGGACCUCCUUUCGAUAUCACCCCACGAAAGCCCAAAAAAUACGAACUUCGCUGCAUCAUUUGGAAUACAAAAGAUGUGGAUCUAGAAGAAACCAAUAUCUUUGGAGACCGGAUGACUGACAUCUAUGUGAAAGGAUGGAUGGAUGGCCUGGAAGAGGACAAGCAGAGAACAGAUGUCCAUUAUAGGUCCCUAGCAGGAGAAGGCAACUUCAACUGGCGAUUUAUAUUCUCUCUGGAUUACUUGCCCAUGGAGCAAGUCUGUGUCCUCACCAAGAAGCAACAUUUCUGGAGCCUGGAUGAGACCAUGCAGAAAGUGCCUCCAAAACUUAUCAUCCAGAUCUGGGAUAAUGAUAAAUUCUCAGCUGAUGAUUUUAUAGGCAGUCUGGAAAUGAACUUGAACAGCAUUCCACGACCUGCCAGGCGGCCUCGUGAUUGCACGCUGAAACUCCUGCAAGAUGAUGGCAGCAAAGCCAGAUCCUCCACUCCUUUUCGCCGCCACAGAAAGAAGUGUAUUUCCCUGUUCACCCAAAGGAAUAUGAGGGGCUGGUGGCCAUGCAUCGUCUUUGAGAACAACAAGCCACGAGUGUCAGGUAAGGUUGAAAUGACUCUGGAGUUGCUCACGGAUCAGGAGGCUGAAGAACUGCCAGCUGGAAAAGGAAGAGAAGAGCCCAACGCAAACCCCAUUUUGAAGCCACCAGAGAGGCCAGAGACUUCUUUCCUAUGGUUCACAGCACCCUUAAAGAGCCUCCAUUUUAUUAUAUGGCAGAAGAGUAAAUGGAAGAUCCUAAUUUUCCUUUGCAUUGUGCUGGUGAUCUUGCUGUUUGCACAUUUCAUCUACUCUGCUCCUGGUUAUCUGGCCAUGAAGUUGGUCAAUCCAAUGAAAGUCCAUGGUCCAUCUUGGUUUAAGCAGUCUUCAAAUAAUAAAAUUAACACAAUCCUGAAAACAACGUGGACAACCUCAGAAGUAAUGCAGACAAUUCCAAAGUCACUGCCCCCAGCAGCUCCCAAGAAAGGGCCACCAGCAGCUCCCAAGAAAGGGCCACCAGCAGCUCCCAAGAAAGAGCCACCAGCAGCUCCCAAGAAAGGGUCACCAGCAGCUCCCAAGAAGAGGCCACCAGCAGCUCCCAAGAAAGGGCCACCAGCAGCUCCCAAGAAAGGGCCACCAGCAGCUCCCAAGAAAGGGUCACCAGCAGCUCCCAAGAAGAGGCCACCAGCAGCUCCCAAGAAAGGGCCACCAGCAGCUCCCAAGAAAGGGCCACCAGCAGCUCCCAAGAAAGGGCCACCAGCAGCUCCCAAGAAGAGGCCACCAGCAGCUCCCAAGAAAGGGCCACCAGCAGCUCCCAAGAAAGGGCCACCAGCAGCUCCCAAGAAAGGGCCAAUAACAGCUCCCAAGAAAGGGCCAAUAACAGCUCCCAAGAAAAUGUCACCACAAACUCCAAGGAAAGUCCCAACAACACGGAAGAAAGUGCCACAAACAACACUGAAGAAAGUGCCACCAACAACUCUGAAGAAAGUCCCAAGAACUCUGAAGAAGGCGCGGAGUCCGUGCCCCAUUAGCCGAGCUCCGAUUGGCAGCCGGGAGGGAGCGACACAGCUGGAGUGGGAGGAGGGAGGAGGCGGGACGCCAAGGCCGAAGGGGUGGAGCAAUGGGGCAUGGCCGGGCCCGGCGCUGCCUGAAGACCAGCCCCUUCCACGCUUCUGCGACGCGGUGACGUUGGCGGCUGAGCGCGCAUGCGCCCUGGCCCGAGCGUCUCCCUCGCGACUCGAGCUCCGACGGCGGCGCGUCCGUCUCCUCAGCCGCGGCCUGGUGGGGGUGGGGCCCGGCGAGAGGGCAGCGGCAGCGCUUGGGACCUGUGAAUGCUGUACUCCCAAGAACAUUUUCCAAGGACACAGCAACGUCCCCCUUGCCGCUUCCUGCGGUGGAUGGGAUCCGGAGGCCUCGGAAUGA